CCCAAACUUGUUUCAGGAAAAGCGAGUCAACAUAUUUUCUCUCGCUAGAAGAAACAGGAGAGCCGUGCCAGGAGACGGCGUCUAGACUUCUCCAAACAUUUCCUCCGCCAUCUCCGCUUUCGAGACUCCAGCGCAUUAAGUGUUUUUUGGGGGGGAAUCUUGUGAACGGUGUUGUGUUCGUGCAGGCCCGUCCUCUUUUUUCCCCUCUUUUGCCUCCUCAAACAACAGAGAGAAACAUCUGAACUUGUCCGACAUGGACUGGGGGACAGAUCUUUGGGACCAGUAUGAUGUCAUCGAUAAGCAUACCCAAACCGGACUUGACCUGGUGGAACGUUACAUCAAGUUUGUGAAGGAGCGGACCGAGAUAGAACAGAGCUACGCCAAGCAGCUCAGGAAUCUGACAAAGAAGUAUGCCAAACGAGGGAGCAAGGAGGAGCAAGAGUGCAAAUACAGCGAUCAUGCAUCAUUCCAGGACAUUCUGAAUGAGCUGAACGAUUACGCUGGCCAGCGGGAGCUCAUCGCUGAAAACAUGAUGACCGGCAUCUGUGUAGAACUCACUAAAUACCUGCAGGACAUCAAACAAGAACGUAAAACACACCUGUCGGACGCCAAGAAGGCCCAGCAGAACUUAGAGAGCAGCUUUAAACACCUAGAAAGUACUAAGAAGCGUUUUGCCAAGGAGUGGGCAGAGGCUGAGAAAGCUACACAGCAAGCAGAGAAAACAGAGAGCGACCUCAAUGCCACCAAGCUCGAUGUUGAGAAAGCCAAGCAACAUGCCCAUGCCCGUACACACACAGCGGAGGAGUGCAGGAAUGACUACGCAGCACAGCUGCAGAAAUACAACAAGGAACAGAACCUCUUCUACUACACAGAGAUAGUGCAGAUCUUCAACAAUUUGCAGGACAUGGAGGAGCGGAGGAUCAGGCGGCUGGCAGAGGGCUACUGCCAGUUUUCAGACACAGAGAGGAAAGUCAUGCCCAUCAUCUCCAAGUGUCUAGAGGGAAUCUCCACUGCAGGGAGCAAAACUAACGAGAAACAGGACUCUGUACUGUUCAUAGAGCAGCACAAGUCUGGUUUUGAGCGACCCAGUGAUGUAGAGUUUGAAGACUACACCCAGGGAAUCAAACCGGCGUCCUCCGACUCCAGCCUCAACCCACCGCGAGUGCGCACCAAACUCUGGCCCUUCAGCAAGAAGAACAAGAUCUUACAUGCUGACAAGCACAUGCCCCCUGCAGCAGAAGACUUCUCCCACCUUCCUCCCGAGCAGAGGAAGAAGAGACUUCAGGCGAAGAUUGAUGACAUCACCAAGGACCUGCAGAAGGAGCAGGAUCAAAGCGAGGCCCUGGAGAAGAUGAAGGGUGUGUAUGAACAGAAUCCACAGAUGGGAGAUCCCAACAGUCUGGAGCCGCAGAUCACACAGACAGCCCAGAACAUAGGGCGCCUGAAGGGGGAGCUGACCAAAUAUGAGUCGUGGUUGGCGGAGGCCGUGGGAGGAGAAGAGUCUUCCAACACCAUCAACAACAACACCCAGCAUGGUGUUGUGGCAGCCGACCCGUCUCAGAACAUCUACACCGAGUUUGAUGAUGAGUUUGAUGACAUAGAAUCGCCUAUCUGCCAGUGCACAGCUCUGUACACCUUUGAAGGCAACAGUGAAGGCACCAUCUCAAUUACAGAAGGAGAGCUGUUGAGUGUAAUGGAGGAGGAUAAAGGAGACGGCUGGAUGAGAGUCCUUAGAGCCAACGGGGAAGAGGGUUAUAUACCUGCGUCCUAUGUCAAACUCAGCCCAUAACACACACACACACACACACGCACACACAUACACACACACAGCUUGUAAUGAAAGGCGAGUUAAGAGUGAAAGGUGAAUACAAAGUCAGCCAGGGAUAUUCAAGCUGUUCUUCCACUCCAGUUCGUUUAUCUCAUCCAGUGACACAUAUGGCAUUAUGAAAGUGAUUGAUUUUAAAGCUUAUUAUCAAGGCUAAUUGCGUUAUCAUACACUCCUCCAUCUCUGCUCGGCUCCCUUUGUCUGACAGCAUAGUAGUUACUGUGCUGUUAUUCAAGAGGGCUUGCAAUAGAGGCCGUCUUUGGGCAGAUCUGGACAGAUUUUAAAGGAAUAUUCCAAUGUUUUGAGCAAAAUACCCUUUUCCAACUUACCCAGACUGAGACAAAACAUUUGUACCAUUUUCACCUCUGUAUGUACUGUGGUUGGUUCCUAUAUGGGUAACAUUUCAUAUCAGCUUAGCAUAAAGACCGUAAGUCUGUGGGAGUCAUUAGCCUAGCUCCAUCAAAGUGAAAAAAUAAGCCUUACAUCAACCCAAAAACGGUGGAGUUUUGAAGGUAUACUUGAGGUUAUUGUCAAAAUGUCACAUGAAUUGUUGUGCCACAUAUGCAGCAUCAUUGUUACUUUACACUACAUUCCUCAGCUUCCUAUAUCCACUGCCAGUCUUAGCAUCUGCUUCUGUAUUUCAACACCAGCCUUCUGCCCGAAUGCCCUCUGUUCAGUCACCUUACUUUAUCGGAUAAUGUGAUUUUUUUUUAAAAAAUUCAUAAUUAUGUGAAGUUUUAUUACUUUAAACUGGAUAAAAACCACUACUUUAGAGAAUGUGCAAAAUGUAAUAUCUCUCUUUGGAUUUUCCUAUCAUCUCGAUGUACUAUGAUAGUAACAGUAGUGAUAAGCUACUCUGCUAUAGGAUGUAUUUACCAAGAAUUUGCCUUGCAAUGUUUUCAUGGAGUAAUUUCAGUACAGAAGGUAAAGCCAAAGGAGGAGCACAAUGGCAAAGUAAUGAUCAAAGUUACAUGUUAAUAAAAAUAUGCUGAAUUUAUAUUCAUUCCUGGCACACAAGUACUUUGUGAACUGCCUGUGCCUGAGGGUGAAGCCUCUUCUGUGCAGCUUCAGAUACUCACGGAGCACUGACUGGAUAAAAUACCGGUUCUAGAUGCAACUCACAAGUGGAUACUGGCCAAUUUUUCUUUAGUCCUGCUCUCACUUUUAAAUUCCAGCUCAGCACAAAAGUGGCUGGGCUGCAUGUUGGAGUGGUCAUUCUCUUGAGUGAUCGAUUGGUUCUUUUCAGAAAGAUUAUUUUUAGGUCUCUUUCAUUUUUCUGUUUGUAUGGUUUGCCCCGUUGGUUUUCGUGUUCUAAGCCUCGAGAGUCCUGAAUCUCCCUCUUGCUCUUCUCAAGUCCUCUGAAACUAUGGCUGCAUAAUUUGAGCUGUUCUGCCUCAUCUCACAAGAAAUCAUGAAAAGGCGUAAGAAGAGUUUUCAGAAAGAUCAAAGUAGAGACUGAGGCAUCAAGGGAACACUUUUAAGAUAACUCACUGUGAUCUUUUAAGAGUGGAGGAAGAGUUUUAAAAAAAUGUUAAAGCACCUUUGAAAACUCAUAGGAGUGUUUACAAAUCUCAUUCUCACCAAGAGCCAUCAUAAGUUUACCUGUGUCUUUCUCUACCACUGCUCUUUUCUCAACUAGUGGACAUUUUCCUAUCAUUUAAGGAGUAUUAUUCUAUGAUGCAUUUUUGUAAAGAAAAUGUAUUUACAUGUAUUGAUUAAAUCUUAAACUUAAA